CCCCCGGCGACUGCUGAGCCGCGACCACAGACAGCGAGGCGGAGCGAGCAUGGCGGGGCCCAGGGCCGCCCUGCUGCCCCUCGUCCUGCAGCUCACCAUCCUGGCCCAGGUCUCGGUGACCGGCGGAGGUGGGGUCAUCCUCAGGGAGCCCCCUCAGCUUGCGGACAUCCACGACUCCGGGCAGCAGGAGCCAGCCCACCCCUUAGCCCCUGCUGGGGCCCCUCAGGAGCAGGGGCGCCUCCUGGAGGAACGGCUGGGAAGGCUGGAGGCCCAAAUGAUAGCACUCAGAGAGCAGAACAAGGAGCUGGAGGCCAGGGUGAGGCAGCUGGAGUCUUGUGAAUGUCGUCCGCCUUCUGCUCAGUGCUGGGGACUGGGGCGGGCCUGGCCCGAGGGUGCUCGCUGGGAGCCUGAGCCCUGCACAGCCUGUGUCUGCCGGGAGGGGGCUGCGCUCUGUGAGCCCAAGCCCGGGCUGCCCCGUUGCCGUGGCUGCAGCCACAAUGGUCAGGCCUAUCGCAAUGGCGAGACCUUCUUCCCGGACGCCUGCACCACCUGCCACUGCCUGGAAGGAGCAAUAACCUGUACCCAGAAGCCAUGCCCAAGGGAACCCUGCCCAGAGCCAGGAGCGUGCUGUCCGGACUGUGAGCCAGGCUGCCCUGGAGGCCACAGGGCUGGGGAAACGUGGCACCCAGAGCCCUGUGUCAUCUGCACCUGCCAGGCUGGGACCAUGCGGUGCCAGGGACCCUCGUGCUCGGAGCUCAACUGCCUGGAGAGCUACACCCCUCCUGGGGAGUGCUGCCCCGUGUGCCGGCCAGGCUGUGAAUAUGAGGGCCACUCCUACGAAGACGGGGCCAGCUUCCUGUCCAACUCCAACCCUUGUCUCCAGUGCUCCUGCCUGGUGAGUGCCCUCCCCCCACUUGGUCCAGGCCCUGCUCCUCCUUAUUCAACCCCUGCCCCUACCUUGGGCCACACCUGCUGCUCUUUCAUCCCCUCACGUACCUUCCAAGACCUGUUGCCGGUGAGGUUCCCCUCCAUCCUGGCCCUGUGGCCCGUCCCCCAAGGGUGUCAGACACCUGCCCACCCCGUCCUCUCUGGGAGCCAGCCCCGGGCCUGGCUGCUUCUCAUAGCUCUCGGUGCGUUACAGAGCGGCCUGGUUCGCUGCAUGCCCGUGAGGUGUCCGCCCAGCUCCUGCCCUGAGCCGGUUCCCAGGCCCGGGCACUGCUGCCCAACCUGCCAAGGCUGCACGGAAGGUGGUUCUCACUGGGAGCACGGACAAGAGUGGACUGCCCCUGGGGACCCCUGCCGGAUCUGCCAGUGCCUGGAGGGCCACAUUCAGUGCCGCCAGCGAGAGUGUGCCAGCCUGUGCCCAUACCCUGCGCGGCCCCUGCCAGGCACCUGCUGCCCACUGUGCGAUGGCUGUUUCCUAAAUGGGCGGGAGUACCGCCGAGGAGAGCUGGUGGGCUCUGGAGACCCCUGCUCGCACUGCCGUUGCGCUAACGGGAGCGUCCAGUGCGAGCCUCUGCCCUGUCCUCCUGUGCCCUGCAGACACCCAGGCAGGAUCCCUGGGCAGUGCUGCCCAGUGUGUGAUGGCUGCGAGUACCAGGGACACCAGUAUCAGAGUGAGGAGACCUUUAGACUCCAAGAGAGUGGGCGCUGUAUCCGCUGCUCCUGCCAGGCUGGCGAGGUCUCCUGUGAGGAGCAGGAGUGCCCGGUUGCCCCCUGUGCAAUGCCUGCCUCUGGCCCCCAACUCUGCCCAGCUUGUGUGCUUGAUGGAGAGGAGUUUGCUGAGGGGGUCCAGUGGGAGCCUGAUGGUCAGCCUUGCACAGCCUGCUCCUGUCAUGAUGGCGUGCCCAUGUGUGGGGCGGUGCUUUGCUCCCCAGCCCUCUGCCAGCACCCUACCCAGCCCCCUGGUUCUUGCUGCCCCAGCUGUGAGAGCUGCACCUACCAUGGCCAAGUGUAUGCCAACGGGCAAAACUUCACAGACGCAGAUAGCCCUUGCCACACCUGCCACUGCGAGGAGGGGACUGUGAGGUGCUCCUUGGUUGACUGCCCUCCCACAACUUGUGCCAGGCCCCAGAGUAGACCCGGCCAGUGCUGUCCCAGGUGCCCAGACUGCAUCCUGGAGGAACAAGUAUUUGUGGAUGGAGAGAGCUUCUCCCACCCCCGAGACCCCUGCCAAGAGUGCCAGUGUCGGGAAGGCCAUGCCCGUUGCCAGCCUCGGGUCUGCCCCCCUGCCCCCUGUGCCCACCCACUGCCUGGUUCCUGCUGCCAGAGCAACUGCAACGGCUGUGCCUUUGGUGGGAAAGAGUACCCCAAUGGAGCCGACUUCCCCCACCCCUCUGACCCCUGCCGGCAGUGUCGCUGUCUGGGCGGCAGCAUGCAGUGCCUCACCCGCCGCUGCCCUCCGCUGCCCUGUCCAGAGCCGGUCCUGCUGCCCGAAGAGUGCUGCCCCCAGUGCCCCGCCAUCUCCUCAGGCUGCCCGCGGCCGGGGGGCGGGGUCCCUGCCCGCCACCUGGAGCACUUCUCCCUGCCUGAAGACCCCUGCCACCGCUGCCUCUGCCUCGACGGCUCCGUGUCCUGCCAGCGGCUGCCCUGCCCACCUGUGCCCUGCGCCCACCCGCGCCAGGGACCCUGCUGCCCCUCCUGCGAUGGCUGCCUGUACCAGGGGAAGGAGUUUGCCAGUGGGGAGCGCUUCCCCUCACCCAGCGCCUCGUGCCACGUCUGCCUCUGCUGGGAGGGCAGCGUCCGCUGUGAACCCAGGGCCUGUGCCCCUGCUCAGUGCCCCUUUCCUGACAGGGGUGACUGCUGCCCUGUCUGUGAAGGCUGUGAGUAUCUGGGGGAGACCUACCUGAGCAGCCAGGAGUUCCCAGAUCCCCGAGAGCCCUGCAAUCUGUGUACUUGCCUCGGAGGCUUCGUGACUUGUGGCCGCCAGCCCUGCGAGCCCCUAGGCUGCAGCCACCCACUCACUCCGGCUGGACACUGCUGCCCGACCUGCCAGGGAUGCCUCUAUCAUGGAGUCACUGCAGCCCCUGGAGAGACCCUUCCUGACCCACUUGACCCCGGCUGCUCCCUCUGCACCUGCCAGGAAGGUUCUGUGCAGUGCCAGAAGAAGCCCUGUCCUCCAGCUCUCUGCCCCCAUCCCUCUCCAGGACCCUGCUUCUGCCCUGUUUGCCACAGCUGCUUCUCCCAGGGCCAGGAGCACCAGGACGGGGAAGAGUUCGGGGGGCCCCCAGGCAGCUGUGAGUGGUGUCGGUGUCAGGCCGGCCGGGUCAGCUGUGCGCGGCUGCCGUGCCCUCCUCUGUCCUGCCCGCUCCAGGUCACGGAGCCAGGCAGCUGCUGCCCUCGCUGCAGAGGCUGCCUGGCUGGUGGGGAGGAGCACCCUGAAGGCAGUAGCUGGGUGGACCCCCAGAGCCCCUGCUCCUCCUGCAUGUGUCAUGAUGGCGUCGUGACCUGUGCCCGCCUCCAGUGUGUCAGCUCCUGCGCCCGGCCCCACCAAGGGCUCAAUGACUGCUGCCCUCGAUGCUCUGACUGUGAGCAUGAGGGCCGCAAGUAUGAACCAGGGGAGAGCUUCCAGCCUGGGACAGACCCCUGUGAAGUGUGCAUCUGUGAGCUGCAGCCUGAGGGACCCCCCAGCAUUCAGUGUCAUCGACGGCAGUGUCCCAGCCUGGUGGGCUGUCCCACCAGCCAGCUCCUGCCCCCUGGGCCCCAGCACUGCUGCCCCACCUGUGCCCAGGCACUGAGUAACUGCACAGAAGGCCUGCUGGGCUCUGAGUUGGCCCCGCCUGACCCUUGCUACACCUGCCAGUGCCAGGACCUGACAUGGCUCUGCGUUCACCGGGCCUGUCCCGAGCUCAGCUGUCCCCUGUCAGAGCGCCAUACCCCCCCUGGGAGCUGCUGCCCCAUGUGCCGAGAGUGUGUGGUGGAGGCCGAGGGCCGGAGAGUGGCAGAUGGAGAGAGCUGGCAGGACCCCAGCAACCCGUGCAUUACGUGCACCUGCCACGGGGGCCACGUGGAGUGCGACCUGGAGGAGUGCCCCGCUCUCUCCUGCCCGCAGGGCUGGGCGAAGGUAACAGAGGCCGGCCGCUGCUGUGAGCGAUGCCAAGCCCCCGCCCAGUCGUGCGCGCACCAGGGCCGGGCUGUGGCCUCCGGGGAGCGCUGGGCCGUGGACGUUUGCACUACUUGCUCCUGCGUGGCCGGCACGGUGCGCUGCCAGAGCCAACGCUGCCCGCCGCUGUCCUGUGGCCCCGAUGAGGCCCCCGCCCUGAGUCCCGGCAGCUGCUGCCCCCGCUGCCUGCCUCGACCCGCCUCCUGCAUGGCCUUCGGAGACCCUCAUUACCGCACCUUCGACGGCCGCCUGCUGCACUUUCAGGGCAGCUGCAGCUACGUGCUGGCCAAGGACUGCCGCGGUGGGGACUUCAGCGUGCACGUGACCAACACCAACCGGGGCCGGAGGGGUGUGGCCUGGACCCAGGAGGUGGCGGUGCAGCUCGGAGACGUGGCCGUGGGGCUGCUGCAGGGUGGAGCGGUCACGGUGGACGGGCGCCCCGUGGCCUUGCCCUUCCUGCAGGAGCCGCUGCUGUACGUGGAGCUGCAGAGACGCACGGUGAUCCUGCACGCCCAGCCGGGGCUCCAGGUGCUGUGGGACGGGCAGUCUCAGGUGGAGGUGAGCGUACCGGGCUCCUACCGGGGCCAGAUGUGCGGGCUCUGUGGGAACUUCAAUGGCUUUGCCCAGGAUGACCUGCAGGGCCCUGAGGGGCUGCUCCUGCCUACAGAGGCUGCCUUUGGGAAUAGCUGGCAGGUCCCAGAAGGACCGGGACCUAGCCGGCCAUGUUUCAAGGGCCGCGAGGUGGAUCCGUGCAAGGCAUCGGGUUACCGGGCCAGGCGUGAGGCCAACGCCCGGUGUGGGGUGCUGAAGUCCUCCCCAUUCAGUCGCUGCCACGCUGUUGUGCCACCGGAGCCCUUUUUCGCCGCCUGCGUGUAUGACCUAUGUGCCUGUGGCCCCGGCUCUUCGGCCGAUGCCUGCCUCUGUGAUGCCCUGGAGGCCUACGCCAGCCACUGCCGCCAGGCAGGGGUGACGCCUGCCUGGAGGGGCCCCACACUCUGUGUGGUGGGCUGUCCCCUGGACCGUGGCUUCGUGUUCGAUGAGUGUGGCCCGCCCUGUCCCCGUACCUGCUUCAACCAGCACGUUCCCCUGGGAGAGCUGGCAGCCCACUGCGUGAGGCCCUGCGUUCCUGGCUGCCAGUGCCCUGCGGGCCUGGUGGAGCACGAGGCCCACUGUAUCUCACCCGAGGCCUGCCCCCCUGUCCAACUCACUGGGGACCAGCCCCCCAGAUCUCUGCCCAGCCCUGGCCAGUAGUCCCAGGGAUCACCCAGAGCCAGGAUGACACCAGGACUCAUCAGGUCAAAAGCCUCCCCUUGAAGAAUGGCUCCCAUCGUGGCCAGAGCCGUGGACAGAGGGCCCCAUCCAGGCCCCAGCCUGGGCCUGUGUCACACAAAGACCUCAGUGUGUUCAGUAAGAGGAAGUAAAAUUGGGGGCUCUCCUAAGGCA